GAGCGGGCCGGGGGAACGGGGUGUGCCGGGCAAACCCCGGCUUGUCCUGCCCGGUUGUUGCCCUGAUGUCGCUGACAGCCCCGUGCCCUGCACAUCGCAGCGCGUCUGGCCCAGUCUUGACUCUUUUCCCACUUGGACCAUCAGGUUUCUUUACAAUCAGCUGCCACUGGCAUCGAGUCGCUAUCUGAAGAAGACUCCUCCUCCUUCAGCAGUAGCAUGCCCAUAGUCUUCCUGGCCAAUGAUUCUUCUACAGCAAGCAGGACUUCUUCCUCAUCCUGAGAAGCCUUCAUCCCUUCCUAUGUCAGUGGCUACAAGGCCAAGAGCCAGCUCACCACUGUCCCCACCAAAGUCUCUCGGACUAGGGCCUUCCUUUCAUCACACACAAGACGAGGAACUUGCCAAGGUGGUGGAGCAGGACCCUAUGCUGGAGGAACUAUGUAAGCCCCUGUGCUGUAAGCUUUGCAAUGUCACUCUGAAUUCGGCCCAGCAAGCCCAGGCUCAUUACCAGGGUAAAAACCACAGUAAGAAACUCCGGAAUUACUAUGCUGCCAACAGCUGCCCGGCACCUGCCAGGAUGAGUAAUUCUGUUGAGCCUGCCCCACCUCAGGUUGUCUCCCUUCCAUCUCAGAUGGGAUCCAGUAAACCAGGUGGCCGAGUGAUCUUGGCUACAGAGAAUGAUUACUGCAAGCUUUGUGAUGCCUCAUUUAGCUCUCCGGCUGUGGCACAGGCUCACUACCAAGGGAAAAAUCACGCCAAGCGGCUGCGUCUUGCAGAGGCACAGAAUAACUCAUUCUCGGAUGCCUCAGAACUAGGCAAACGAAGGGCAAGGAAAGAAGGGAAUGAAUAUAAGAUGAUGCAGAACAGGAGAAACAUGUAUGCGGUUCAGAACAACACAGGUAAACCAGGCUUUUCUGUUGGCUCCCCAGGUCCCUACUUCAACCCGCGCUCGCGGCAGAGGAUCCCCCGGGACCUGGCCAUGUGCGUGACGCCCAGCGGGCAGUUCUACUGCUCCAUGUGCAACGCGGGCGCCAGCGAGGAGCUGGAGUUCAGGCAGCACCUGGAGAGCAAGCAGCACAAGAGCAAAGUGUCCGAGCAGCGCUACAGGAACGAGAUGGAGAACCUGGGCUACGUCCAGUGACGCGCCGCCCUCGGUAGUAGUUUGCAACUAGAGCAGCUUGUCUCUCGCCUGCUGUUUGCCACGUGCCCUGCUUUGUGCUCCAUUGGGUAGGAGUAUGCUCUCGAGCUGUACAUGUAACACCUGCAAACUUACUGGUAUGGUUAGGUUUUUUUUCUAUCAUAGUCGGCAGGAUGACGCUGUGCAGGACAUGAAGUGUUUUUGGUGUUUGUUUGCUAAUUAUCUAAGGCUCUUCAUUGUGUUGAGUGGCGGGGAGGAACUGUGUCUUCUCCCCAGCCUUCUGCAUGAAUAUGCAAAGCCCAAGAAGUGCUGGAAACUUCUGUGGUCCUACCACAUGGGUGGAUCAUGUGCAAAGCCCACUCCCCUCUUGGCACACCACAGAGCAGUGCUCCAGAAUGCUUCCCUAUGGCAGACUGAAUCUCUGGGCAGCUUGUGAAAGAGGGGAAGGACUAGGGCCUGUGAAUGUGUGAAUUAGGUGGUGUAUUUGUCCCCACUUUGCUGCUUCUGGCCCCCAUUACAGUCCAGAGUAGGUUCUUUCCACAUCCUUGUAGAAAGGCUGUGCAUACCUCUUCUCCUUGGAGGAUCUUGCCUCUUACUGCUUCCUCUGCGAUGCAGAUUCCAUUCUGAACAUCUGGCUUGGAUUUCAGCUGAUUAGCCCCAUUCAGAAAUACUCUUCUACUCUUGAUAUUGUUGCCUGGACACCUUAAUAUACCAUGAGUGUAGCUCAUCUCCCUGACGAGAAUCACUGGGGAUCUCAGUGGCUAAAUGAAAUGAACUGGAAAGCAAACCUGCUCAGGUGAGAUGUGCUGUGCUCUGAUUCUGCCUUAGACUGAGUCAGGUUGAGAAUAGAAGAAAGGAGCUGUCAGCUGUGAUUUCUUUGCAUGUUGAUGUAGAAGGGAGCAAGAGUUGGUCUCUGGCCUGCAGUCCUUGCUCUGGAAGAGCAGGGCUGCCUGGACUCUGGAUAGCAGGUAUUGGUGUGUCCCACUUCCAUGCCAUUCCCUGGGCAAAGCCUAGUGGGUGUUUAUAGAGCAAAGAUGAAACUUCUAGCUUUGAACUAGAGCUACCAAUAUUGGUUGACUUUCCCCCCCUCUUUCUUUUUCCAUCUCAGGAUGGGUUUUAAUUCCAUUCCUUGAUGUAUACUUGACUGUUCUAGGGACCAUCAAAAAUCCAAAGUUAUGUAGGAUUUAAAUGUCAGGGUGAUGAUUGUUUGAGUAACAGCUUUUGGCCUCAUGGAGGUAUUCAAGAAACUUGUUAAGCAACUUUUGAAUUGUAGACAAACUCAAAAGGUGUGUGUGUUUGUUUUGAUAUUCCUUAGCAAAAGUAGGAAGGGGAAAAAGAGCAGAAGUAGGGCUGUCAGUUAUUCUUCUGCUUGUUUGGGUAGAUG